AUGAUGAGUCCACCGUCACCAAGAACCCCGAAAGGCGUCUUGAAAUCUCCAGAAUCUCCACGUCAAAGCACGCAAGUCGAUGUUGCUUCCAUCCAAGCCAUACAAAAUCUUCGCACCGAGCUCAAUCAUAAACUUGAUCUUCUAAUCACUAGCAUAGCAGCAGGAGCAACCGCUAAAGACGCUAAGAACAGCGAUGAGAACAGUAAUCUCACGCCUUCACCUAAAAGAAAUAGCAAGGUUAACUUUAGCGAUAGCGAUGUCAAAUGA